UACUAAUCUGGAGUAGGCGGCAUAGGUGAUCGAAAAGCCAGAAGGUUACCACAGCAACCUAAACAUACCCAACAGCUCUGUGAACCCGUUUGCCUCUCUAAUGAUGGCGGGACGUAGCAGUCCUUACGCAGCUGCGUGGCGGCGAGUGGGGAGGGGCGGAACACGCUGUAGUGAGAGCGCAUUGUUUGUUUGAAAGGAGGAAUCUGGGCCGAGUCGCGGCCGUCUAGUAGAGGGGCCGGGGAGAGACUGGGGCGGCGGCGCAGAUUGUAGGGAUUCAAGCUUUUUGGCUUGUAACCGCCAGGCCGUUUCGUUUCUUCUCGACCAUCUCAAACUGGGACACGUACUGAGGGCGCAGGGGAGCGGCGCGGUCCUUUGUGAUCGGCUCCGCGGCUCGUCUGCAGUUUACACAGAAAACGGAGCGCCGAGCAGACCGCCUCCAUUAACCACUGACAAGCCAGUGCGAGCAAGCCCGUCGCCAGCAGACUGCCUAAAAUGAGGCGAAAAGGACGUUGGCACCGGGUUUCGGCUCCCCGUUCCUCUACUUCUCCAUGUAGUAUUAAACAUUCUCCUACACGGGAAACCUUGACUUAUGCCCAAGCUCAAAGAAUGGUUGAAAUUGAAAUAGAGGGUCGUUUACACAGGAUCAGUAUUUUUGAUCCUUUGGAGAUUGUUUCAGAGGAUGACCUUACUGCUCAAGAAAUAAAUGAAUGUAAUAGCAAUAAAGAAAACAGUGAACAGCCUCCACAGGUUUGUCUAAGAUCCAAAAGGCAUAAAGCAAGUAAGGAGAAAAAGAAAAGUGAAGUUCUUCCAACUGCACAUGGCCACACUACUACCAGCGUUCUCCCAGAGCCCAAAGUUCGUGUUAUAGAAUGUAGUCCACCAUCUGCUCCAAACAGGUCUCCCAGCUAUUACAAAUUUCAGGACAAAUCACCUGAAGAGCUUGACAAAGAAGUAGAGUAUGACAUGGAUGAGGAGGAUUAUGCCUGGCUGGAAAUUAUUAAUGAGAAACGUAAAAGUGAGGGGUUUUCUGCAGUGUCUCAAGACAUAUUUGAAUUUCUUAUGGACCGAUUUGAAAAGGAAUCUUACUGUGAAAACCAAAAGCAGGGUGACCAGCAGUCAUUAAUCGAUGAGGAUGCAGUAUGCUGCAUUUGUAUGGAUGGGGAAUGUCAGAACAGCAAUGUCAUCUUAUUUUGUGAUAUGUGUAACUUAGCUGUACACCAAGAGUGUUAUGGGGUGCCAUACAUACCAGAAGGGCAAUGGCUUUGUAGGCAUUGUCUUCAGUCUCGUAAUAUACCUAUUGACUGUGUUUUGUGCCCAAAUAAAGGAGGUGCCUUCAAAAAGACUGAUGAUGAUAGAUGGGGUCAUGUUGUGUGUGCUCUAUGGAUACCAGAAGUUGGAUUUGCAAAUACAGUUUUUAUUGAGCCAAUUGAUGGUGUUCGAAACAUUCCUCCGGCCAGAUGGAAGUUAACUUGUUACCUCUGCAAGCAAAAAGGUGUUGGUGCCUGUAUCCAGUGCCAUAAGGCUAAUUGUUAUACUGCUUUCCAUGUGACUUGUGCUCAGAAAGCAGGUUUAUAUAUGAAAAUGGAACCUGUAAAAGAAGUGGCUGGCAGCAUCACAACAUUCUCUGUUAAAAAGACUGCGUACUGUGACGCACACACACCUCCAGGAUGUGUGAGGAGGCCAUUAAAUAUUUAUGAAGAGCCAGAAUCUAAAAAUGGUAUUUGUAGAAAGAGUUCUGAUAAAAAUAUCCGAUCAACGUCGAAAGCGAGGAGGAAAACUACGAAAGCAAAAAAAGAAUUAAAUGAAACAUGUAAUGUUCUCCCAACAAUCACUGUACCUGAUAUCCCACCUCAAAGAGUAAAUAAAAUCAUAAAUCAAGUGUCUAUUCCGAGGAAGAAGCAGUUCAUUGAAAGAGUUCACAGUUACUGGAUGUUAAAAAGGCUUUCAAGAAAUGGCAUUCCCUUGUUGAGGAGGCUCCAGUCAAGUUUACAGUCACAAAGGAAUAUACAAGAGAGUGAAGAUGAUGAGGAAGUGCAGGCCCUGAAGAAGAAAUUGAAGUACUUGCAGCGUUUAAGACAUGACCUUGAAAGGGCUCGAUUGUUGAUUGAACUUAUCCGAAAACGUGAAAAACUAAAGCGUGAACAGGUUAAAGUUGAGCAAGUUGCUAUGGAACUUAAACUGACUCCACUCACUGUAUUGCUACGAUCCCUUCUUGAACAGCUACAGGAAAAGGAUCCAGCUCGCAUAUUUGCUCAUCCUGUUAACCUUACAGAGGUUCCAGAUUAUUUGGACCAUAUAAAGCAUCCUAUGGAUUUUUCUACUAUGAAAAAACGGUUAGAAGAUCAGAGAUACAGAAAUCUGAAUGAAUUUGAGGAAGAUUUCAACCUUAUUAUUGAGAACUGUAUGAAAUACAAUGCAAAGGAUACCAUUUUCUAUAGAGCUGCAGUACGGUUAAGAGACCAUGGAGGUGUUUUAUUGAGGCAAGCUAGAAGGGAGGCUAAUGUCAUUGGCUUCGAUGAGGAAACAGGGAUGCAUUUACCAGAACAACCAAAAAUUGAAGCCCCACCACAAUUUUCAUGGGAGGAUGUUGAUAAGCUGCUUAAUCCUAAUAACCGAGCACACAUGGCUUUAGAAGAACAGCUAAAAGAGCUACUGGAAAAAUUAGAUUUGACUUUUGCAAUGAAAUCAAGUGGAUCCAGAAGUAAACGGCUGAAGUUGCUAAAAAGAGAGAUUGCCAAUGUUCGUCAGAUGCUGUCUCAACAGCAUGUACAGCCCCCACAAAUAGAAUCCGGCAUUGGAAGUUUUGAAGAAGAUGGAUCCAUGCUGAAUGAUGGCGAAGAAGAGGGAGAUAAAUCUCCCCCUAAACUUGAACCAUCUGAUGCAUUACCUCUACCUUCAAACUCGGAGACUAAUUCAGAACCACCAACCCUCAAACCUAUAGAACUCAAUCCAGAGCAGAUCCUUCCAAGGUUGGAGACACUCCUGCAACCAAGAAAAAGAUCAAGAAGCACAUGUGGAGAUUCCGAGGUUGAUGGAGAAUCCCCAGUGAAGCGACUGGAUACAGGUCUCUCAAAUGGUUAUGGAGAAGGAGAAAAGGAAAAAGAAUUCAAUAUAACUCCAGGAAGAAAACUGGAACCUCGCAGAAGAUGUGCAUCAGAGUCAAGCAUCUCCUCUAACAACAGUAUCUUGUGCAAUCCCAGCUUUGGCUUGCCAAAAUGUGGGAAAGGUAAACCAGCUCUUAUACGACGUCAUACAAUAGAAGACAGAAGUGAAUUAAUAUCUUGUAUAGAAAAUGGAAACUACGCUAGAGCAGCAAGAAUUGCAGCUGAAGUUGGUCAGACGAAUAUGUGGGUUGCUGCAAGUACAUCUGCAUUUCUUGAACCUUUAAAAGUGGUUUGGGCUAAAUGUAGUGGAUAUCCUUCCUAUCCAGCUUUGAUAAUUGACCCUAAGAUGCCUCGAGUUGGUUGCCACCACAACGGUGUUGCAAUUCCCGUACCUCCCAUGGAUGUACUAAAAACUGGAGACCAGAUGCAAACCAGGGCUGAAGAAAAAUUAUUUUUGGUUUUGUUUUUUGACAAUAAAAGAAGUUGGCAGUGGCUUCCGAAAUCCAAAAUGGUUCCUUUAGGUGUCGAUGAAACAAUUGACAAGCUGAAAAUGAUGGAAGGACGUAAUUCAAGCAUUCGAAAGGCCGUUAGGGUUGCCUAUGAUCGAGCAUUGAAUCAUUUAAGUAGAGUUCAAGGAGAAUCCGUUAGUGACUUCAGUGAUAUUGAUUAAAGAAGGUGCUACAAAGACACAACAUGCCUCAUGUACUCUUAAGCUUUACUUAGAACCUCUUUCUUGAAAAGAAUGUAUUGAAGAUAAAAUGCCCAAUCAUUGGAUGGGUAAAGAUGUUCUGUAAUGGAGCAUGAAAACUCUUGCUGCCGUUCUGCUGAUUUUAUCUAAUUCAUAUAGAUUGGAGUAGCUUCCACUAAAGUUGUUGAAAAUUAUGUUUAUAGUGUUCAUAAUAUGUACAUAUAUGUAUAUUGGGAAAUUUAACUUAUUCUGACUUUGAGGUAGUUCUUGCUUCCUCUCGGCUUUUUGUCUGUUGAAUUUAUUUUUUUGUUUUGUUUUUUUUUUUAGCAAAUUUUUUAAACUUUUUUUUUUUUUAAUUGACAACAAAUGGUUGAGCCUUAGCACCACUUUACAUAAAAAGUGUUUUGUAUUUGUCAACUAGAUUGAAAAAAUAGUUAUGUUCAAAAAAUCUAUUUAAAUAACAUGUAUUGCUACCUGGUGUGUCCAUUCCCAUAUUUUGACUACUGUACUUUAAAGGAAUAUUUUUAAAUUAUAUAAAGUCCUUGCAAAAGAGUUCAGUGUAUCAAAAAAGUAAUUUUAUUUACACAGAACAUCGGAAGAAUCCACUCGUAUUAAAGUAUUGUAUCGGAUCAGUUAUGCAUUAUAUUUUAAGUUUUAACACUGUUAUAGCAUAAACUAUAGUGUAAAUUACCAUCUAGGAACAUACUUUCUAUAUUUUUCUACAGUGUUCUUCUUAAAUAACUAUGUUGGCAUAAUAUUCCCCUGUUUGGAUUAUGGUGUGUGUUUUUACUUUCAAAACUGCUUACAGUCGCACUCAAUGCCCAAAGUUUUAAUUUCUUUUUAGCAUAUGAUUGAAUUUUAUAUAUAUUUUUUUUUAAUUUACUGCAAUUAUCCUUUUUAAAAGUUCUGGAGAAAAAGUUUUCAGCUCAUUUUCCCCUCUUCAAAAUCCCACUGCCUUUUCCCAAAAGAUUUUAUUUUUUUUAUGUAUAAAAGAAAAAAAAAUAAAUUUAAUUAUAUAUGUGCCUGAGUUGUUUGAAAAAUAUUCGUUUGUUUAAAUUGAGAAUUUAAUUUUGAAAAAUUCUAUUAAUGUGUGUUUUAUUAAAGGCACAUACAUAUGGCAACCUGCUUAUGAAAGAAUAUGCAUCAAAAUGUGUUAUUGAAUAUGUAACUGCUUUUCUGUGUUAUAGUUUUGUUUUGUUUUUGUCUCCCUAGAAGGACAGGCAGUUUAUGUAACCAGUUAUACUUUAGAAAAGCUUGGUAGCAAUAGAAACUUUGGAUACAUUUUGUAUGGUACAUGUGAUGUAUAUAGACUUAGUACAUUUUUUAUUUUUAAGACAAGAAGCAUUGUUAGGGAUAUACAUAUAUGUAUGGUGGUUUUCAGGAGCUGCUUUUUUAUAUGAAAAUAAAAAGUCAAGAUUUUGAUGAA